CUCUCGGCUUCAACCACCACUCAAUCAUGGAGAAGCCCAAACUCCACUGUUUAAUUCUCCCAUUUGCACUGCAAGGCCACAUAAACCCCAUGCUCCAAUUCGCCAAACGCCUCAAACACAAAGGAAUAACCCAAAUCACGAUCACCCUCACCAAAUUCUUCGUUAAAAGCGCCCAGCACUUCCCCGCCGCCGAUUUCCCCGUGGAAACCAUCUCCGACGGCUUCGACGACGGCGGCAUCGAGAAGGCAGAUCCAGACGACUACUACAAACGCUGCUGGGCGUCCGGGUCGGAGUCCCUGGCCCGGCUGCUCGAGAGGCUUCAGGAAACCGGAUCUGGCGUGGAUUGCUUGAUCUACGACCCGUUUUACCCAUGGGCGCUGGAUGUAGCCAAGAGUUUCGGGUUAAAGGUCGCUAUGUUUUUCACACAGUCGAAUUCGGUGAAUAAUAUAUACUUCCACGCGUACAAGGGCGAACUGAAGCUCCCGCUUUCAGAGCCCGAGAUUCGGAUCCCGGGCGGGUUGCCCAUCUUGAAACCCGGUGAUAUGCCUUCUUUUAUUGGAGGAUAUGAAUCGGAUCCGAAGAGAUCCAGGAUGAUGAUCCAGCAGUUCAGGAAUGUGGAAGAGGUGGACUGGGUUUUCGUCAACACCUUUUACGAGUUGGAAAAAGAGGUAAGUGAUUGGAUGGCUAAAUUCCUGCCGGUGAGAACAAUCGGGCCCACCAUACCAUCAUGGUACUUAGACAAUGUGGUGCCGGAUGACAAGUCGUACGGCCUGAGCUCCUUCAAGCCAGUAACCGAACCCUGCACCGUCUGGCUCAACAAACAACCCAAACGAUCGGUCAUCUAUGUCUCCUUCGGAAGCUUCGCCAAACCGGGCGCCGAUCAAAUGACAGAAGUAGCCCUCGCCUUGAAAACGGCACAAAUAAACUUCCUAUGGGUCGUGAGGGCAUCCGAGGAAGCCAAGCUCCCUGAAAACUAUAGAGACGAGACACCCCAAGAGAAAGGGCUAAUCGUGACGUGGUGCAAUCAGUUGGACGUGUUGGCACACGAGUCUGUCGGGUGCUUCAUCACGCACUGCGGGUGGAACUCGACUCUGGAGGCACUGAGUUUGGGAGUCCCGAUGGUGGGGCUACCACAAUGGAGUGAUCAGAGCACGAAUGCUAAAUUUGUUGGGGAUGUGUGGAAAACGGGAGUCAAGGGUGAAGCGGACGAGAGUGGGGUCGUCAGACGAGAUGAGAUUGUCCGUUGUGUGGAGCGUGUGAUGAGGGGAGAGAGUGGGGAGGAGAUUAGGAAAAGGGCAAUGGAGUGGGGGAAGUUGGCGAGGGAGGCCGUGGGGAAAGGAGGGAGUUCGGAUGCAAAUAUUCAAGAGUUUGUUUGUGGGUUGUCGAGAGCUUCAUGAUUGAUAUUCAUGUGUUUUGAAACAAACACUUAAUUGCUUGUGAAAAUGACGCUUAUAAAGAUAUAUGGACGGACAAUAAUUGGAGUUUGCAAGUAUUAACUCGAAAAUGUUGCCUUUUUUGUUUUUGUUUUUGAAGGUUUGGAUUUCCUUUUGUGUUCUUUAAUUUUUGUGGAUAUUUAAUGUGGGGAGAUGAUCAAAUCAAAGUUGAACACAAAGGAUGGCAAAUCUUGCCCCACGGAUUCGGUCAAGGUAAAACUUAAGGAUUAAAUUAUGUUCUUUAAAUAUUUAUGUGGAUAUUUAAUGC